AUGGCGGACGCAACAUUCACACCAUACUGGAAGCCUCUCAGCGAAGGCUCUGGCCCCAACUCCUGGGUCUUUUACGCUGUGGCCAAGAUCGCAGGCCGGCACCGCCCCGUGGCUGUUGUCUCCAGCGUAGGCACCUUCGAGGAGGAGUCACUGCAUGGGCCACCCUUGGUGGCCUGCUGCCGACGCAUCGUCACGAUCUUCUCCGACCCGGCCAGUCACACGGCUAUCCGCGGCGAGCUAGGCCUCGCCUCCCUUUACUACGCCGAGAAUGGCGACGUUCUGGACAGGCACCGCCCAGAGCCGGUGGAGUUGCCGGAGCUCACGCGGAAGAACCCCGGCGAUCCCCGCCGCUGGCGGCCGUGGGACCGCGCCGGCAUGCAGCCGUUUCCAUUCAUCUCGGCUGCCCUCCUGCAGGGCGUGGCUCUGGAUCCCGCGCGCGGGCGCAGUGCCCCGAACCGUCCGGAGCCACUGGGUACCGUGUACCGCGACACCGACAUCGAGUGGGGAAUGGUGGUCUUUGACAUCACGGACCUGAACGCUGUGCGGUAUGGUAUAGUCGGGUUUACCGUCGGCAUGGCAAAAUUUGUCAGGUCUGUGGAGGAGGGAAGACCACGGUUUCAGGGUGCUAGCUUUCAACCUGAGGAGGGGCCGCUUAGAGUCCUAGAGGAGGUGCGGCCGCGAAAAGCCAUGUCAGCGGGUGAUUAUAUGGCAAAGUUCAAGUAUACGGGCUUGGUCUAUGAAACCUCAAAUUACGACUAUGAUAUGGAACGUUUGGCGUCGCUACCGUUGGUAGAUGAUACCGCCUUCAGCCUAGUAUGGCCAUCGGGCGGAAAAGAUGAUGAUAAUAACCUCUUAUUGUUAGCCAACUUGUCCGUAAGUACUCAGGGCCCGGAGGGCUUGACACAGAAGACCUUGAAACAGAUCAUCGGGAAGACCAUCCGAGAAAGCAGUCACCUAGAUGAUCUCGAUGUUUCUGUUUUCGACGAGGUGCACAGCUUUGGUGGCUUCAAAGAUACACUUCGGCAGUACAUGCUACAAAACUCCGAGAAGGUUGGAAACACACUCUCGGCAGGCCGGCUUAUUCGGCUGGCCUUUGUUGAAAAUGGCCAUCUCGGCUUGGAACAGUUGAAGACUCUUUCUGCCCAGUCUGUCUCGGCGGCUCUGGGCGACAGGCUUGAGGCGGAUAAUACAAUCAAGUCCAUUAGUUUGUGUAUCGAAAGUGUCCGGAGCACACCUGCUCAGCUUGCCGAAGCACUCUCGCGGUCGAGCGGUUUAAGGGAAAUCUGCCUACUGCAGAGUCCUAUCCGUGAAAGCGAUACACUAAGUGCUCAGCUUCUCGCGGAGCUCGCUAGCCGGCCUCAGAUUCUGUCGUGUACUAGAGUAAUAUUCACGGGAGCGUAUUCGGCGGCUCUCCGCAAGAAGUUCUGGUUACCAACAAGUAUAAACUUCACCACACUGGAUAUUUUCCCCGUCCAACAGAUAUUUGUCCGAUACCAACGGAGAUCGGGGCGUAGCUUCCGGUUCCACUACGACACUAUCCAUCUUAGUGACGGACUCCUCAGACCGGAGCGCUUCGCCGCCGGCUUCUGUCUCUGGAUUUCUAUGCUGGAAUGGAAGGAUGAGUGGAUGUUCGAAGACGCCGCCCCAUUCUUCAGCUUCUCCAGCGGGCCGGCAUCCCUAUCCGACAACCCGCUCUCGGCGGCCGAGGUGAGUCCUAUUCUCUGUGAGAAUUUGUCCCUGCCGCAUUUGAUGCCGGAUCAUACCUUCUGCGCGCCUCGGGCCCGGGAUUUGGUCCCCGGUGGCUGGACAGUCCUCGUGUCACAGGAGCAAAACGUAGCGACACAGACCGACGGCCAAACCCACAUUCGCUAUGCUUUCAUCCGCGUACGCGGUCCUUCCGUCGUCAUCGAGGAUCCGCCGUCCUCUCCACCGGGGCCCGAAAACUUAGAGGUUGUCGGGCUCAAGGGGUUCCUGUCUGCCACGGCAUCUGAGGUAGACCCUGCCAUUAUAGACCAGCGCCUAGAGGAUACGCGUAAGAGGAUCAAGGCGGAGGCUGCUUAUCGCGGGUCCCCGUGGCCUGCCCAGGUGGAACCUCUUUCGGUGCUGACCCAAGGGGAGGCGGCCGCUAUGCUUUUGGAAUUCCUAGGCGAUGCCAGGAAGCGGAACGAAAAGUUCCGUAAAGCCAUGGAAGGAGAUCCAGAAAGUGAGCCUGGAGUGUUCCCGCUUAGCUGA